CAGCAUGCUGGUGUGUGCUGGGACCAUCAGCCCACAUCCUUGCAGGAGCCAUAACACUGGAGAACCAGCUGGUGAUCCUUGCAACAUCAGUGGUAGAUGCAGGAGACUACUAUGUCCAGGCUGUCAAUGAAAAGAACGGCGAGAACAAGACAAGCCCACUUAUUCAUCUCAGCGUAGCGAGUGCCAUGGACCCAUCUGACACCACGGCUCCCAUCAUCGUCAUCCCUCCGCAGAACACAAGCGUUGUAGCAGGGAGCAGCGAAGUCACAUUGGAAUGUGUAGCCAGUGCAAGACCUGUUGAGAGACUAAGCAUAAUGUGGAAGAGAAAUGGAAUAAAAAUCACCAGUGGAAUUAGCAGUUUUGGGAGACGCCUCACGAUCACCAACCCAACCUCUGCUGAUGUUGGGAUGUACUUCUGCGAAGCAAAACUGAGAGACAGCACAGAGGAACCAGCAAGAGCCAAAGCCUUCAUUUCUCUAAUGGUUAGCGGGAAGGAGUGCACUGCAGUGCUGGUGUUAAUGAUGUGUACCUACUGCUGCUGUUCUACUCUGCUAGAUGAGGGUGCAACACAUGCAGAGCCACCAUAUUUUACUGUGGAGCCCGAGAGCGUGAUUUUGGCUGAAGUGGAGAAAGAUGUGGACAUCCUGUGCCAAGCAAUGGGUGUUCCUAUUCCUUCCCUGGUUUGGUAUAAGGACUCCAUCCCCCUCAGCAAGCUGCAAAACCCCCGCUACAAAGUCCUGCUGAGCGGGGGGCUGCGGAUCCACGCGCUGCGUCCUCAGGAUGCGGGGAUAUUCCAGUGCUUUGCCAGCAAUAAAGCUGGGGAGAUACAGACCUACACCUACCUGGACGUGACCAACAUUAAGCCAGCAUUUAUACAGCCUCCAGAGGACACCACUGUGACUGAGGGGAUGACUGCCAUGCUGACCUGCGAAGUUUCAGGGGCUCCAAAACCUGCCAUCUCGUGGAAGAAAGGAAACCAGAUCUUAGCCAGUGGCUCAGUUCAGAUUCCUCGGUUCAUUCUUCUGGAAUCCGGAGGGCUCCAAAUAACACCCGUGUUCCUUCAGGAUGCUGGCAAUUAUACUUGCCAUGCAGUCAACUCCGAAGGAGCUCUGAAUGCUUUUGUGAUGCUGACAGUGUGGAAUCGGACUUUCAUUGUUCACCCUCCUGAGAAUAGCACUGUGAUCAAAGGAACUACAGCCACUCUGCGAUGUGAAGCAACUCAUGAUCCUAGAAUUUCAAUCAGGUAUGUUUGGAAGAAGGACAGUGUUGUAAUAAAUCCAUCCAGCAGUUCCAGGAUCACAGUAGAGAAAGAUGGAACCCUCCUCAUCAGCCAGACGUGGUCGGGUGACAUCGGGGACUAUACUUGUGAAGUCAUUUCUUUUGGAGGAAACGAUUCCCGAAUGGCUCGACUAGAAGUGAUCGAGCUGCCUCAUUCCCCUCAGAAUCUUCUGGCCAUCCUGAAUUCCUCGUACAGCCGCAGUGUGGUGCUUUCCUGGGUGCGUCCCUUUGAUGGAAACAGCCCUGUUCUCUACUACAUGGUCGAGGUCUCUGAGAACAAUUCUCCCUGGAAGGUUCACCUAUCAAAUCUGGACCCGAAGAUGACCAGUGUCACUGUGAGUGGACUCACUCCAGCCCGAACCUACCAGUUCAGGGUGUGUGCAGUUAACCAGGUGGGAAAAGGCCAGUACAGCUCCGAGACCAGCAGGUUGAUGCUACCUGAGGAGCCGCCCAGUGCCCCACCUAAAAACAUCGUGGCCAGCGGGCGCACCAAUCAGUCCAUCAUGGUCCAGUGGCAGCCUCCUCCUGAAAGCGAACAUAACGGAGUUCUUCAUGGGUACAUCCUAAGGUAUCGUCUGGCUGGCCUCCCUGGAGAAUACCAGUAUAAAAACAUUACCAGUGCAGAAAUUAACUACUGCUUAGUGACAGACCUGAUCAUUUGGACCCAGUAUGAAAUCCAGGUGGCAUCUUACAAUGGAGCUGGGCUGGGAGCCUUCAGCAGACCUGUGACUGAGUACACUCUGCAGGGAGUGCCGACAGCUCCGCCGCAGAACGUGCAGGUGGAAGCCGUGAACUCCACCACCAUCCAGUUCCUCUGGAGCCCUCCACCCCAACAGUUCAUCAAUGGUAUAAACCAAGGAUACAAGCUCCUCGCAUGGCCAGUGGAUGCUCCAGGGACUGUGACGGUGGUCACAAUUGCUCCAGAUUUCCACGGUGUUCACAGUGGCUGCAUCACCAACCUGAAGAAGUACACCACUUACUACACAUCAGUUCUGUGCUUCACCACCCCUGGCGAUGGGCCACGCAGCGCUCCGCAGCUCCUGCGCACGCUGGAAGACAAGCCGGGAGCUGUGGGACACCUGAGUUUCACUGAGAUUCUGGACACGUCUCUCAAGGUCAGCUGGCAAGAACCUGUAGAGAAAAAUGGCAUCAUUACAGGCUACCAGCUCUCCUGGGAGGUGUAUGGCAGGAACGAAUCCCGGCUCACCCGCACGCUCACCAACACAACUCUGGAAUACAAGAUCACGGGGCUCUCAUCUCUCACCACGUACACCAUCGAGGUGGCAGCUGUGACUGCGAAAGGGAGCGGGUGGGUCACGUCCUCCACCAUCUCAUCUGGGGUGCCUCCAGAACUUCCAGGUGCUCCAUCCAACCUGGUGAUCUCCAACAUCAGCCCUCGCUCUGCCACACUUCAGUUCCGUCCAGGGUAUGAUGGCAAGACCUCCAUCUGCAAGUGGAUAGUGGAAGGCCAGGUAUGGCCCUGACAGAGAGCUCUCAUUGAGUCAAACAAGGAUCAUCACAAGCAACUCAUUCACCAGAGUUUGGUCCAUUUAUUUUAGAAAUGGUUUCAAACCUGAGUUUGUGUCCUGAUAGGUUCAUAUUCAGACCAGGUGCCAACCUGAAAUUAUCUCAUAGAACAGAAGUAUAGGGAGAAUUGCAGUGAACGGUUAAGAUGCCAUUGUUUGUGACACUGGGUGUAUUUGUGCCAUUUUGUAAGGGAAUAUCCUGAGGUUUUCUGUCCAGGCUUCUAGAUUUGAAUAGGCUGAAUUCUCACCUUCCUCAGACUUAAAUGAUAUUCCUCUUUCUGCUGCCAUUAUGCCUUGGAGGGCUUACAUAUUCCUCAUUUGUUUUCCUGACAGAUGAGCUUUGCUUCUUCCUUUCCACCCACAGAUCUUUAUAAAUAAUAUAAUCUGUUUUUAAGACCAAAUGUUGGACUUUCUAAAUCACCGUCACCACUUAGACAUGUUGAUACAAUCACUUCACUUGAUAACAAGACUGCUGUGAACAAGUUGGUACAUUUUGUACAAUUUACAUACACAUUAUUGCAUAUUGCAGAAUUAAACGCUGAAGUUUUAUAACAUGGUGGCUUGGCACACUUUGGGAAUCAUGUGUUGGAGCAUUGCAUUGGUAUUGGUAGGAAUUCAAUUCUGUAAUCGAGAAUUACAAAAAGCCACUGAAAUUAAAUAAAUUUGAGUGCUUUAAAAUGUCAGUAAUUAUUGCCACAGUGUUCAUCCACAUCCUUGAAGAGCCGUCAGUACCAAAAGCAAUUGGAGGGUUCUUGGUGUGCAGGCAGGGAAGAGAGGGGUGAGUGUUCACAGACACCUGUCAGCAUCUUAUGCACUGCUGGUAAAGUCAAGGGACUGAUGGUUCUGGUAGAUCCUGGAUC